GAUAGCAGCAGAUGGAUUGCUGCAGACUGACGAAGGGUUGACUGUAUAUGUGACGGUGGGAGUGUGUGGAUAACAGAGAAGUGUGUGUGUGUGUGUGUGUGUGUGUGAGUUUGUGUGUGUGUGUGUGUGUGUGUGUAGGAUCAUGGUUGUGAAUGAGUGGGUGUCUUUCAUGUGCUCUGGUACUGGAUGCAGAGAACCAUAAUCCUCCUGAGGAAAAGGACAUAGAGUGAACAGGAAGCUGAACACGCUCCACACUUCAGCUGCCUUCAGUGCAGGUGCAAGCUCAGCAAACUGCACUGAGACUAUCAGGAGUUUCUCCAUGAAUGCUGGAGACUGCAGAAGGACACCUUGGUCCCAUCUUGCUUUUACUUUUGCCUGAGAGGACAAGUUUGUCUUCAUCCGCAGCCAGGACUGUUUGCAGCUUGCACCUUUGGGAGCACGAGAAGACGCCAUAGAGAAGAUUCUCUAUGAUGAAGAUGAGUCUGGACCCGAUGCAGGUGAUGAGCGGACAGGUCAAGGAGCUCAGGGUUGCCCCCUCGUCCAACGGGGACAGCAGAGGAUCAUGGGAGGAGAAGGAAGUGUUUGACCAGGAUAACUUGGGCCUCAGCACCAAGCCAAAACCAGUGACAGGGAGACGAACCCGGAAGGUGGAGGGAGGCGUGUUCUUCCCGAAGCCAGAGAACGCGGUGACUAUUGCUGUCUCCUCUCGCGUCAUGUUUCGGACUGAGCGUGAGCAGAAGGUGUUUGAGCAGAAAGGAGUGGAGGAGUAUCUGAGAUACCAGAUCGAGCACGAGAACGAGCCCUUCGCCCCUGGGCCUGCCUUCCCGUUUGUCAAAGCUCUGGAGACAGUCAACGCUCGUCUGCGGGAGCUGUACCCAGAAAGUGAAGAACUGUUCGACAUUGUUUUGGUGACAUACAACCACGCACAUGUAGGAAUUCGACUCAUCAACACAAUCAACCAUCACAACUUGUUCAUCGAGAGGUUUUGUAUGACGGGGGGAAGCAGUCCUAUCGGCUACCUGAAGGCCUGGCAAACCAACCUCUACCUGUCCGCUGACGCCGACAAGGUCCGGGAGGCACUGGCAGAAGGCAUCGCGGCAGCCACCAUGUUCAUGCCAGAUAAGCUGACGGAGGUAUCGGAGUCCCAGCUGAGGGUGGCGUUUGACGGGGACGCCGUCCUCUUCUCGGAUGAGUCAGAGCGCAUCUUCAAGGCCCACGGGCUGGACAAGUUCUUCGAGCACGAGAGGGAAAAUGAGGACACGCUGUUGGAACAUGGUCCCCUGAAGGGCUUUCUGGAGGCACUGGGGAAGCUCCAAAAAAAGUUUUACGCCAAAGGCCAACGCUUGUCUUGCCCCAUCCGGACCUUCCUGGUGACGGCUCGCAGCGCGGCCAGCUCUGGGAUCCGGGCGCUGAAGACGCUCCGGGCGUGGGGCUUGGAGAUCGACGAGGCUCUGUUUCUGGCGGGAGCGCCGAAGGGCCCGAUGCUGGAGAAGAUCCGGCCUCACAUCUACUUCGACGAUCAGAUGUUUCACGUGGAGGGAGCGGCAGAGAUGGGCACCGUCGCUGCCCACGUGCCCUACGGCAUUGCACAGAAACACAACGCCAAACAGAAACCAGGAGUUGGGAAGUAG